CUCCUCAACUAUAUAUCCACUUCUUCUUUCUCUCUCUUUGGACACAGUCUCAUUCCCUCUGUCUCUCUCUCUCUCUUUCUCUUUUCCCAUCAGAGUGUUCCAACACAAACAACCCUUCGAGAUGAAAUGACAGAGAUCACAAAUCUAAGCUCAGACCUCUUAGAAUUGAUCCUUUCCCUUCUCCCAAUCCCAACCUUAUUAAGAGCCUCAACCGUGUGCAAGUUGUGGCACUCCAUAAUCUCAUCCUCUUCAUUCUCUAUACUCUCCAACCACCCCAACAAACCAUGGUUCUUCCUCCAUGGAAUCCACAACAUCUCCUCCAAAAACAACCAAUCUUUUGCCUUUGACCCUUCUUCCAACUCAUGGUUCCUCCUUCCCACUCCCUCCACCCCACAACACCACCAACCAAACACUUCCUUCGUUGGCACCAACUCCUUCUUCUUCAUCACUGCACCAAACUUCCUCUACACCCCUAUUCUCCACCCCUUUUGGCAUAGCACUCCACCCCUUCACUUCCCAAGAAUCAACCCUCUUUUGGGUGUCUUCAAUGAUCAUGGAAAACACCCCAAGUUCAUUGUUGUUGGUGGUGUUAAGUUCAUUGGUAACUUGGUCGACAUAGAGGACCGUUUGGAUGUUGAAAUUUAUGACCCUCUUUUGGGUUCUUGGGAACUUGGACCUCCUCUCCCUGCUGAUUUCAGAUCAGGAAACUCCUCCUCUUCCCUUUCGUCUGCUUUGUUCAAGGGUAGGUUCUAUGUGUUUGGGAUAUACUCUUGCUUUGUGUCAUCCUUUGAUUUGAACCUAAGAGUUUGGAGUGAGGUUCAGACUCUUAGGCCUUCUGGGGUGGUUUUCUCCUUCUUGAUCGGGUGUAGGGAACAGCUUGUUCUUGCUGGGGUGUGUAGAUCUUCCUUUGUGUUGUGGAAGGUAGAUGAGAGGAGCAUGGAGUUCAGUGAGAUUGCAGUGAUGCCUCAUGAUUUGCUUUCUAGCUUGUUUGAUGGUGAUGAGGAUGAUAAAUUUGCAAGCUUGAAGUGUGUUGGAUUAGGUGAUCUUAUAUAUCUUUUCAAUGAGGACUUCCAUAGGAUGUAUCCAGCCUGUGUGUGUGAGAUUGAUGCUGCGUCUGGGAGGUGCACUUGGAGGAAAGUGCCCCAAUUGCCAUCUCUCAUGAACAGGUUUCACAAGGUUGUUAGUUUUUGUUCAACUGUUUCACUGCAUAGUAUUCUGGGUGAACGUGAAGGUCCUGGACUUCAAUAGACUGAUCAGUUUCCUACUAG